UACUCAGUACAGUCCACAAAAUGUCCAAGGCCGCCAAGAAGAAGUCCUCAAAGAAGCGCUCGGGAUCCGAGGCCGCCCAAUUCGACCAGAAGACCAUCCAGGAAUUCAAGGAGGCUUUCGGAAUCAUGGAUCAGAACAAGGACGGAAUAAUUGACAAGUCUGACCUCAAGGAUCUCUACGCUUCCAUGGGACAAAUCGCCCCAGACAGCCAGAUCGACGCCAUGAUUAAAGAGGCUUCCGGACCAAUCAACUUCACCGUCUUCCUCACCCUUUUCGGAGAGAGAUUGACAGGAACUGACCCAGAGGCCACCAUUAUUGGAGCCUUUGCCAUGUUCGACAAGAAGGACUGCGGAAAGAUCAAGGAGGACGACCUUAUCAAGAUCCUUCAAAACAAGAGAGGAGAGCCAUUGGACGAGGAUGAGGUCAAGGCUAUGUACAAGGGAAAGCCACCAAUCGAGGGAGGAGAGGUCGACUACAAGGCCUUCGCUCACCUCAUUACCACCGGAGCCCAAGACGAGCUCGCCAGCGCCUGAACAUCUCCAGCCCACAAGCAAUUGCAACCACUUUGGGAGUGGCGUCAACGUUAUUCUAGAAUCCAUUACGGUGUCUCAUUUGAAGACCUUUCCACGUGCUCCUAUGAUACAUCGCCGUGUAUUCAAGACUCAUUGUUGUCAUUCCGUGUGGCGCAGCGUUCAGACGGCGCUCUAACCCAUUCCGCGCGCAUUUUUCUAUUUUCGCCGCUCUUUACCCUUAGUUUUAUAGCCGAGAUCAUUAUAAUCACCUGGAAAUGUGUGGUUGCCGGUUGGUUUGACCAACUUCUUCCACCAGUGGGAAGAAUAACGUCAUUUCGAAGCCAUCUGGCAACCCCAAUUUCCUAACCACGCCGUCUGACUGCGCGUACACACUUCUAUCACUCCAAAUGGUUUUUCCUUCUUUUUUCUCGCUCGCAAAUUCUAUUGUCAUUUCAUUACAUGUUUUGUCAUUUUUUUUUUGUGUUCACCCACUUUCAUUACUUUGGUAUUCCAAAACAUUUGCAAACUUCUUCUAGAUUUUCUCUGAGCAGUUACUUGUGGUGCAUAUACAUUCUCCCAUAUCGGGACUAGUCAAAGCUCUACGAUGUACUUUCAAUAUGUAAAAUAAACAAUGUCUCAAUUC